GUCGAUUGAGUAUCGUUUCAUGCUUCAUGGCUCUCUCUUGCCUUGUGUACGCCAGUACACGUACCUAGGCGUGACGUUUGCGGCAUCGCGCAAAUGGCAUAAGCAUGCAGCUCGUCUUAUGGACACCGGCAAUCGCAGAUUCCACCAAUUUCUGGGUUGGGCUGAGAAUCGCCAAUUGCACACAGGCAUCCGUAGCCAGUUGUUUCAAACGUAUGUCUUGCCCACCAUCCUUUAUGGAGCACAUUUUCUUGACUCUGGGCAAUUAGCUCGUUUGGACCAAAAGCUUCGCCAAUGGGAGCGUCGCUUGCUGCACUGGCCCCGCGGUGCACCGAAUGCUGCAGUUCUGGGUGAACUCGGCUGGUGGCCUUAUGUGUUUGAAGUGCAACGGUUGCAGUUUGAUCUCUUCGGACUCCUGGCUACUGCUGAUGCCUCAAAUGCUCGUCGCAGCCUCGCAGCACGUGUCUUCAGCUUUGCUUUGCAGCGCCCGGGUUCGUGGGCGCAUGGUGUUUCGCAACGAUUGCGGGAUGCUGGUGUUCCACUCCCCCGUUCAUGGAGCCUGGUGCCUGGCGGGGAUGCAAGGCAGGUGGCGCAUUGGAGUCGGCAUGCCGUGCGACCGGUGUUGCUGCAUCGGGCUCAGUCACAGUAUUGUGGGGAAUUGAUGGCAAUGCCGUCUCUCGCAGACUAUGCUGUGUUUCAGCCUCGCUUGCACGGUGGCAACAACAUUCAUUCCUCGAUGGCAGGAUUGCCCGGCACGCUCAGCGGCAUGGUCCCGAGUGUCUCUGCGGUGCUCCCCGAAGCACGGGGUUCCCGUGACGUAAAUAUCGUCGAGGAAUGCAUCAAAAGUGUUCGACGGGUGCAGCCGGGAUCUGGCCUCGCCUUCCGCGUCAUAAAAGACAUGGUUGGACUGGAGCGCAUGCUGAAUGCAUAUACCUCUGGAGCCGCAGCCAACGCUGGAGUUGCGCUUCCUGUUCUGGCGAUCGGAGUUUAUGCCUUGGUGCCUCCGAGUGGCGUCUUCCGAGAGUACAAUUCUUCAAUUGACGUUGGGGCCGAACUGUCUUUGGCCACGAGCGUGAAGGCAGCAGUUCUCGGAGGAGCGAUCAUGUUAGUUUUGCAUCUGGUACUGUUCUCAAGCGCACGAAGCCUUUCACAGUACCAGCUGCAGAACGCUCUGCAAAAGUCGAUGGGAUUGCUUUCCAGGGUAAUGGGCUUGAACAGUGGGAAGAAGGAUAAGGCAGAACCGUCCAACAUGGAUGGAUCUUCCAAUGAGGAGCCUGGAGUGGCUGUUCGCAAUGAUUGCCGAGUCCUCAGAGACUGCAUCGUCCCUCCUGUCAGACAGAAAGGACGUCGAGUCGCUUUUGUUGGAAAUGGAGAACUUCUUCACAUCAGAGCUCACAGCAUACAGGUUAUGCUGAAGGAUCUUUAUAGCCGGAAGCUGCAGUCCGCGAGCUCCACCACAUCUGGCGAUGCCGCAGAUCUUCGACAGGAGAUCCUUGAGAGAGGAUCUGAUGCCUUGAGAUCAGCGGCUUCUCCGCACGGGAAUGUCGCCCACAAUGCCAGCACUCGAAGGUUGUCCGGUCUCUUGGCAGCAGUGGGGUCCCGGAAGCAGACUUUCCUUCAUCUGGUCGAUAAGAUGCGUUCGGCUUCGACCACGAGCCGCGGAACCAUUCCACUGUCGGAUGUGCCAUCGCAAGUUGAGCUCCUUCUGAGUGCACUGCACACCUGCAGCAGCGCGGUGUCCACCAUACAGACGGUUUUGGCCCAGUACGGCUGA